AAAAAUCUCUCGUGAAUCGUCGUGAAAUUUCGCAGUUCACUCCGAACACCCGCUCGCGAUGGACGUCAGCAGGCUUUGGACUCGUACGCGGUCGCAGCUCGCGGCCUACUACGGCGCGAUGACCGCCAGCGACUUCACCAACUCGACGGAUCACUUCUUCGGGCUGGACGCGAUGCUGGCGAUCGCCGGAGCACGGCUCAACUCGACGAACGUCCGAAUCAGACGCGUGUGGAACGUUUACCGCGUGGUGAUUUAUUUGCCGAUUUUGGUGGUCGCUUGGAACCUGUACCUCAACUUCCGCCGCCAGGCCGAGCUGGACAAAGUGCUGAGUUGCUUGCAGGCGCUAGUGGCGACCGUUUCGCUGGCCGUACGAACCUGGAUCAUUCUUUGGUACUACGAACCGUUGAUGGCGGUUCGACGGUACGUGAAUCGACGGAGGUUUGGAGGGCAUUUUCAGCGAGCGUACGAUAUUCGCAGUGAGGCUUUCUACCAGAUUCGAAAAACAGUGAUUCCGGCUACUUUGUUUAUUAUGGGCAUUGUUGCCAGUUUUCUGCUUGUUGACCUGUCAAAUCAUCACUACCUGAGGUUGCCGUUUGAUUUCAGUGAAACGUUUCCGGUUUUGCAAACUCUCUGUGAAAAGAUGUUUUGUUUGACAUUCAACGGCAUUGGGAUGCGAACGGUGCUUGUUUACCUGGUUGUUUACAUGAUUCUGACAGGACUGGAGAGUGAGGUUAAGGUGAUAUCAGCGAUGGUUGCGGACAUUUUCGAUUCCGUCGAAAGGCGCGUCCAAAGCAAGCUGGCAUCGGAGCCCGGAAGCUCUCAACGGCAAGAAUUGGUGGAAAAGGCCUACUUUUGGAAGUUUGCCGAGGAAGAGUUUGGCGAUUGCAUCGAGCUGGUUGGCGAGUUUUUCGCGAUGAAGAACCAGGUGCGAUCGUUUCUGAACGCCAUCUUCCUGAUCGUGUACUACUCGAACGUGCUGUGCCUGUCCAGCGGAGCAGUCUACUUGACGCAGAUGAAAGCGGUCACGAUGUUUUCGCUGGAAACGCUCGGCUAUUGCCUGUGGGUCGCCAUUGAAUGCUUCUCCUUGACCAAGUGCGUGAGCCUGUUGACCGAAGCGAACGAAUCCAUCGCCGAGGAAGUGUACAGCCUGGAUUGGCCCAACAAACUCACGUUUGAGGAUCGAUUCCAGGUUCAGUACCGCUCCGUUCGAACGAUCAUGCUGAACAUGAUGGCGGUGGCGCAGCAACCCUUGCGUUUGAACUGCUUCGGCUUCUUUGAGUUCACCCAGGAACGCUUCUACGAGCUGCUCAACUUGGCCUACUCGGUUUUUACUUUCUUUAAAGACUUUGUGUAAGCGGUGAUCGAAUUUAAGUUAGGACGUUUAGAUUUAAUGAUUUGUUUAAUCGAUGU